AUGUGUGUGUGCAUCGUAGAUCUCUCCGAUAAAGUGAAACAGAGAUUAUUGACAGAAAUCGACACAUUAAGAGCUGUGCGAUCGGAAUAUGUGGUAAAAUAUUACGAAUCAUGGAUUAAAUGGAAUAACAAGAAUCUGCGGGAUAUUCUUGAACUCAAACCACUACUUUUUGUCAGAGAAUUAGGGGAACCUAUGGAUUGUGUCGAGUAUUUAAUUUCGUGUGAAAUAUUGCGACAAAUCUUAGAAAGUGUUCAAGACCUCUAUCCGGAAAAUAUAUUAAUUUCUAAAAAUCCUGAGAUCGGUAGGUUAGUUAAGUUAUGCGACUUUGGUUUGGCUACAGCUCACGACAGGCGUAUACAUUACCGGACAAAAUACAAACAUACCGGUGAUGUGGGUAACUUAAGUUAUAUGCCACCCGAGAUACAACAAGGUGAAAGAUACGGUACAAAAUCGGACGUAUAUAAUCUUCGUCAAAUUGGUGGUGAAAUAUUUGAAUUUAUGCAAACUGCAUAUGUGCAUUUGUUGCAAACUAUACUGAUAUCUAUGAUGACGUACCCCUUGUGGAGAACGAGACCGGAAUGCAGUGAAGUGUUGGCGAAAUAUAACAAGUGGUCUAUCGAUAAGAAUAUUCUUAGAAAUGAUUGCCGAUUUAAGUCCACAUUACUAAUGACCAAACCUGGGACCAAUAUGUUCACUAUUGGUGCGAUGGCUAACGGAAUGGGAUCUUAUAUGAGAAAGCUAAAUAGCGAUAAGCUGGAAUUAAUUGGCAAAGAUUAUACUGAAACAGAACUAAAUAGACUAUCGAAAGAAGUCGAGACAUUAAAAGCUGUUAAAUCAGAAUAUGUGGUCAAGUAUUACAGCUCGUGGACUGAAAUGAGUACAUUAUGCAUUCAGAUGGAGUACUGUUCACAAAAUCUACUGGAUAUUCUUAUCAUGAAACCAACAGUAUUUGAUCGACACGAGGGAGAAGCCAUGGAUUGUGUCGAGUAUUUCAUUUCGUGUGAAAUAUUUCGUCAGAUCUUAGAAAUACGGGUGAGUUUAGCGGUCCAUAUCUUGAUGAAUAUGAUCAUUCACAGAGACCUCAAACCAGAAAACAUAUUGAUUGACACGAUUUCAAGGAACGGUAGGUUUAUCAAGUUAUGUGACUUUGGUUUGGCUACAGUUCACGACAAACUCAUUCACUACCGGACGACACAUAAACACACCGCAGAUGUCGGUGAUUUGAGAUAUAUAGCCCCAGAAGUGGUUCAGGGAGAUAAAUACGGCCAUAAGUGUGAUAUAUAUAGUCUGGCACUGAUUGCGGGGAAAAUAUUUGAUUUUGAUUCCGAAACCAUAUUCAUCAAGAUAUGGACCGCUAAACUCACCCUAUUCUUGGACGAUAAUAUAUCUUACGGGAGAGUAUCCGUUCCAGAAGCAGGGUCCAUGCCAGGUGUCUCGUCCGAGAACGUAACCGGAACUCCGCACGGGGUCCAGAAC